CGUCCUUCAUCAACUUCCGUUUUAAAGUUUUGAGAAACUUAACUAUUUCAUAAUGCUGAAGAUACUGCUUCGAGGAAAUUUUGGACCCCUGUGUGAAUAUUGUGCCAAAAAAUAUGCAGAGAAAUCAGUGAAAACAGUUAGCCAUGAUGGUCGACAACAAGCUGUGGUUUUAUUUAAUUCUCAUAGAACUGGUUUUCGAAAUUUACAUAGCACAUACUCUACGCAACCAAAUACAAACACUGCCUUAUUUAGAAGUCAUGUGAUCAAUCUAGCAAGACUCGGUAGUUCAAGGUCAUACCAUACAAUGACCUUUUACACAGGUUCGACCAUUUUACGAAAUCCAGCCCUUUACAAUCGGGGAAUUAUUUUACAGACAGGAAGUUACCAACAGAUGUCUAGUGUUGCUAGGUUACUCGGAGGUCUGGGACGAUUUCUUAGGUUACGGUAUUUAAUAUUCACAGGAGCAGUUGGUGGAGGAGUGGUUGUUAACAAGAAAUUUGAAAGUUUAAAGGAAUACCUGCCUGAUAUUUCGUGGAUGAAGGAUUAUAUACCAGAAUAUGAUGCUUUAGAAAAACUGGCAGUUUCUAUGAGAGAUUAUACGUACCGAGUUUCAGAACCAAAACGGGAAUGGUUGAAGAAUAAAAUGGAUGGAUUACGGGAUAAAGCGGCUGGUUUACCAAGUCUAGAAGAUGUUACGUCUGGAAUACCUAGUCUAGAGGAUAUAAAGGCCAGAUUACCCAGUAUGGAAGAGUUAUCUGAUUACUUGAAUAGUUUACCAGAAGGUGAUUUGGGGUCCACGAUGAUGGAAGGUGUGAGGCGGAAUUCCCAUCUUCAUCAAAUGGCAGCAGAUGCUGGUAUUAGUACCGUACAAAGUAUAACAGCAGUAGAAGGUACAGCCUCGUCUUCAUCCGAGGAUAAAACAGCAAAACAGAAAGAAAGAAUUGAACAGAUACAAGAAGAAAUGAUCGAGAUACAGAUCCGUUAUCAGAAGGAAAUCGAGAGAUUAGAGAAAGAUAAUCGUGAAUUACGUAAAUCUAUCAUGUUAAAAGAUAAAAAAGAUGGUAAAAGACGAGUCAUGAAGAAGUCGCCAAUAGAUAUGUAUUCGGAAGUUUUAGACGAACUAGCGGAAUAUGAUUCUAGUUACAAUACACAAGAUAAUCUACCCAGGGUUGUUGUAGUAGGAGAUCAAAGUGCUGGAAAAACAAGUGUUUUAGAAAUGAUCGCCCAGGCCAGAAUAUUUCCUAGGGGAUCUGGUGAAAUGAUGACAAGGUCACCAGUGAAAGUUACGUUAAGCGAAGGACCGUAUCAUGUGGCUCAGUUUAAAGAUAGUUCCCGUGAAUUUGAUCUGACUAAGGAAUCAGAUUUAGCGGCUUUAAGACGGGAAGUUGAACUCAGAAUGAAAUCAAGCGUUCGUAAAGGUCAAACAGUCAGCACAGAGUGUAUAUCCAUGUCUGUAAAAGGACCAGGAUUACAGAGAAUGGUUUUAGUUGAUUUACCUGGAAUUAUAUCGACCCAGACGAUAAACAUGGCACCAGAUACAAAGGAAUCUAUCCGAAGAAUGGCAUCAAGUUAUAUGGAGAAUCCUAAUGCUAUUAUACUGUGUAUUCAAGAUGGAUCGUUGGAUGCUGAAAGAAGUAAUGUGACAGAUUUAGCUUCCAUGAUGGAUCCACAGGGCAAACGGACUAUAUUUGUUUUAACUAAAGUGGAUCUGGCCGAGAGUAAUCUUUAUAAUCCUGAUAGGAUUAAAUCUAUAUUAGAAGGAAGACUGUUUCCGAUGAAAGCUCUCGGAUAUUUCGCUGUUGUUACGGGUAAAGGUAAUUCGAAUGACAGUAUUACCACUAUUAAAGAUUAUGAAGAUAAGUUUUUUCGGCAAUCCAAACUUUUUAAGGAAGGUGUAUUGAAACCAUCACAGAUGACCACACAGAAUCUAAGUAUGGCCGUGUCUCAAGUCUUCUGGAAAAUGGUGAAAGAAACAGUUGAACAACAAACAGAUGCAUUUAAAGCAACAAGAUUUAAUCUAGAAACAGAAUGGAAGAAUACAUAUCCUACUUUACGAGAGUUAGAUAGAGAUGAAUUAUUUGAGAAAGCUCGAGGUGAAAUAUUAGAUGAAGUUAUAAAUUUAAGCCAAGUUACACCAAAACAAUGGGAAGAUGCAUUUUAUCGUAAGUUAUGGGAGAAGAAUGCCACGUUUGUUAUAGAGAAUAUUUAUCUACCAGCAGCUCAGUCUAUGAACACAGGAACAUUUAAUACGGUUGUUGAUAUCAAGUUAAAGAAAUGGGCUGAUGAACAACUACCUAAAAAAUGUGUUGAGGUUGGAUGGGAGACGUUACAUGAUCAGUUUGAGAAACUGGUUAACAGAGAACAAACUAAGAAAGGACAUGACGAUAUUUAUGAUAAGUUAAAACAGGCUGUGUUAGGGAAGUCCAGUACCGAUCAUAGAUGGGAAGGCAAGGCUGAAGAUAGUUUGAGAGUUAUACAGAAUAAUAUAUUAUAG